AUGCUUUACAAUCUAUCCGCACCAUGGUGCAUUAACAUUGGCCGAUUUAUAGAUUUUUGUGGUUACCUACCAUCUUGUUUUGAUCCUUGUGUAAAACUACGUGUAAGAAAGAAAUUAUUUAAUUUCGAUGCAGUGAUCUAUUUCGGAAAGCCAGUUUCCCACUUCAAGGAACGUUUAACAACUGGCGGUCACGGAUCAUUAACGUUAAGCGGGAAUUCUCCAGGAUACGGGGCUGGUGGCUCCGGAGCUCCACACCGUGGCUCCGGAGGCCUCCACCACAGUUCAGCAAUGCAACAUCAAUUACCUCAGCCCGAUUUCCAACCCCCAUACUUUCCACCACCGUUCCAUCAUCCACCGAGUCCACCUCCCCAGCAGCACUUAGAAUAUCUCACGGAUCCUUACGGCGGCCUUUCUGGUUUACACCAUUAUAACCAGCUUGGUCUUAGGCCUAGAGACGGCGAUCCUAAUCACGCACAUGUGGUAAACACGCCCUCACAAGGCUUAUCGCCGAUAAACUACAAGGGAAUGCUCGCUCACGAAGUAUUUGAUUCGCGCACAUUCGAGAAAAGCUCCCGAAGAAUUGUCUUUAAGUAA